AUGGCCACCAUUAGCAAUUCAGACUCCCUCCCCAGUGUAUUCCAAGCCUUCAUAGCUGAACAAGCAAACAUCAAAUUCACCCUGCCUGGUGAUGCAGAAUGGGCUGAAGUCACGAAUUGCUUUAUUAAGACAUCUAAAUUUCCGAGCGUCGUCGCCAGACCCCAAGAUGUGUCACACAUCCAGGAACUGGUUCGUUUCUGUGUCUCUCACUCAAGUGACUUUGUACUUCGCUCAGGCGGACAUGAUUGCACUGCCAGAAGCCAAGUCAACGGUGCAUUGACUAUCGAUAUGCGCGAUAUCAACUAUGUCAAUAUUUCGGAGGACAGGAAAACUGCUCAUAUUGGGGGAGGGAUUAUUACACGCGAGUUGGCGAAGGCUUUGGGAGUUCAAGGACUAAUUACACCAACGGCACCGAAUGCUUCAGUUGGAUAUGUUGGUUGGGCAACACUGGGAGGCUACAGCCCUUUGUCUACCAAGUAUGGACUGGGGGUUGAUCAGAUCAUCGGCGCUAAGUACGUCAAUGCUGAAGGUGCGUUAGUUGACGCAGGUGAAGAAGAGCUGACGGCCAUGCGUGGUGGAGGCGGUUGUCUUGGUGUUAUUACUCAGAUGACUAUUAAAGUGUACUCUCUGAAGGAGGCCUCUUUCAUCGAUGGAUACAACAAACCCACAGCGAGUGAAGACAUCCCAAACUGUCUCUCAAUUCAACUUACUGACGUCGCAAUUCCCCACGCCGGUAACAUCUUCACCAUCUCUUGCCUCUGGGCUGAUGAAGACCAUGAUGAAGGCCGUAGGUGGAUGGCCAAGACUGUCGCCCUAGGUACUUGCGUUAGGGAGGUUAUCAAGACUAACAGCUGGUCUGCUUACUGCGAAGAGAAAGAGAAACUCGCUGGAUACGGUGUAUACGGUCGCGCUCGAACUCUCAACUUCAAGGAUCUGACCCCCAAGACCUUUGAGAUCCUUGCUAAAUACAACGAGUCAGUCCCUGGUCCGGGGUCUCUCUUUUCAAUGCAAUUUCAUCGAGACUCUGGUCAUCAUCUUGACUCUAUGUUCUCGCCGCGCUGCGAUCACUAUUGGCUUGAGAUCAUCGCCACUUCUCUUGAAGAAGCAGGCGCUGAGGUGGCGGACCAGUGGGCCCUGAAUUUACAGAGAGCUUUCUGA